CAGCUGUUAUGGAGGAGCUGGACGGGGCGCGGGGGGCAGCGGCCGCAGGCGCUUCCCUGUGAGGUCAGCUGUGUUGAGAGGGGUCCGAUAAGCACCCUGAGAAGAUUUAUAACAAGCACAGCUGGUGCUUUGUGAGAACUCUGAUAUUCAGAGUCUCCAUGUUGUCCCACCUAGGUGAAACAGAUCUGAGAAGAACCCGGCAACAUUUCUGUUUGGUCUGCACAUUUCCAGAAAGCUUUUUACUCUGAAAUAUACCUCAGGAAGCAGAGAGGUACAGACUAAAUGGAUCUAAAGACAGCAGUGUUCAAUGCAGCUCGUGAUGGCAAGCUGCGGCUCCUUUCCAAGUUACUGGCGAGCAAAACAAGAGAAGAGGUAGCCCUACUGAUGUCAGAGAAGACCAAUGGUGCCACACCGCUUCUGAUGGCAGCCCGUUAUGGUCACCUUGACGUGGUGGAAUACUUGUUGGACCAUUGCUCUGCUUCAAUAGAAGUUGGUGGUUCGGUGAAUUUUGAUGGUGAGACCAUUGAGGGGGCUCCACCAUUAUGGGCAGCAUCGGCAGCUGGCCACUUGAAGGUGGUCCAGUGCCUGUUAGAUCACGGUGCAUCUGUCAACAACACAACUGUGACAAAUUCUACGCCACUUAGAGCAGCCUGUUUUGAUGGUCACCUGGAAAUAGUAAAAUACCUUGUGGAGCACAAAGCAGACCUGGAAGUAUCAAACCGUCAUGGACAUACGUGCUUGAUGAUCUCAUGUUACAAAGGCCACAAAGAGAUUGCUCAGUAUUUACUUGAAAAAGGAGCUGAUGUUAACAGAAAAAGUGUUAAAGGAAACACCGCAUUACAUGACUGUGCAGAAUCUGGAAGUUUGGAGAUCAUGAAGAUGCUACUGAAGUAUUGUGCUAAAAUGGAGAAGGAUGGUUAUGGAAUGACUCCUCUUCUGUCAGCUAGUGUGACAGGCCACACAAAUAUCGUGGACUUUCUGACCCAACAUGUACAGACCAGCAAAGCUGAGCGCAUAAAUGCUCUGGAACUUCUAGGAGCAACAUUCGUGGACAAAAAGAGAGAUCUCCUUGGUGCUUUGAAAUACUGGAAGCGAGCUAUGGAAAUGAGAUACAGUGAUAGGACUAACAUCCUGAGCAAACCUGUGCCACAAACACUAAUUAUGGCGUAUGAUUAUGCUAAAGAGGUGAACAGCUCAGAAGAGUUAGAAAAUCUUAUUGCAGACCCUGAUGAAAUGAGAAUGCAAGCAUUGUUAAUUAGAGAACGCAUUCUUGGCCCUUCUCACCCAGAUACAUCCUACUAUAUUAGAUACAGAGGUGCUGUCUAUGCAGACUCUGGAAACUUCAAGCGUUGCAUCAACUUAUGGAAAUAUGCUUUGGACAUGCAACAGAGCAAUCUUGACCCACUGAGCCCUAUGACAGCCAGCAGCUUACUGUCAUUUGCUGAACUUUUCUCCUUCAUGCUGCAGGAUAGGGCAAAAGGCCUGCUGGGUACUACAGUCACAUUUGAUGAUCUCAUGGGUAUAUUGUGCAAAAGUGUUCUUGAAAUAGAACGAGCUAUGAAACAAACCCAGUGUCCUCCUGAUCCAGUACAGCUGAACAAAGCCCUUUCCAUCAUUUUGCAUUUAAUUUGCUUGUUGGAGAAAGUACCCUGCAGCUCAGAACAGGAGCAUUUUAAGAAACAGACUAUUUACAAGUUUCUUAAGCUUCAGCCUAGAGGGAAGAAUAACUUCAGUCCACUUCACCUUGCUGUUGACAAUAAUACUACUUGUGUGGGUCGCUACCCAGUUUGUAAAUUCCCCUCUCUACAAGUUACUGCUAUCCUGGUGGAAUGCGGUGCUGAUGUAAAUGUCAGAGACUCUGAUAGCAACAGUCCGUUACACAUCGCUGCACUGAACAACCAUCCAGACAUCAUGAAUCUUCUUAUCAAGUCAGGUUCACACUUUGAUGCCACAAACUCUCAUAAACAAACAGCUAGUGAUUUGCUGGAUGAGAAAGAAAUAGCAAAAAAUUUAAUCCAGCCCAUAAAUCAUACAACGUUGCAGUGUCUUGCUGCUCGUGUAAUAGUGAAUAAUAAGAUAUACUAUGCAGGGCACAUCCCUGAAAAACUGGAGAACUUUGUUUUGCUCCAUAGAUAAUAGUGUGGAGUCCCAGAAGUACUAUUCUUGAAGCACGACUUGGUGAUGACAUUUUCCUUGAGCACUGUUGUGAUACACCAGCGUUCUCUUAGCUUGCUCCAUCUUGCUUUCAUUAGCUAAAGCGUUGUUAGCAUUGGAUCUACAGAGCUGGUUACCCGUAUUUAAUAUGAAUAUGCCAUAUAAUAUAUUUUGUGGAUUAUCUAGAAAUGUAAUGCCAUAUUUAAACUCUUAAAAUUGUCUGCCAAAGGCUUGUCUAUUCUGGUCUAAUUUGCCUGUUUGGGACUGAGUUGAGUAUUUUCCACUGAUGUCUUUUUACUAUAACUGUUAAGUGGAUUUUAUACAGUUGGAAGGUCAUCUUCUUUUGGUUUUGCUUGAGCAUUUCUACUCUUACUCUGUUCUUUUUCUAUGGACUCAUUGCUAAACUGUACAAGUUGUAUGGACUUGUUAAUGUUUGCAACUACCAUAAGUGCUUUUAUCUUCUCUAUGCACUGGCUUAAAUAUGACUGUUGUGUGUGAGCAUAUUUCUAUGCAGCACUUGGCCAAUUUCAACUUAAAUGCCAAUUUUGUUUUGCAGUUUGUUUGAAGCUCUUUUGAGAAUGCUGUCUUCGUAGCAUGAUGAAUUUUGGAGUUACUUAUCAGUGCUCCAGAUUUGGGUUUGACUUCUUUUGGCUGCUGUAACUGAGGUUGCUUUCUGUUUGAUCCUCUGGAAGUUUGUUCGAAAUUUGGGCAAAGAAAAUCUUGCUUUUUCUCAUCGUAGUCCACUUGAACUUUAAAUCUGAAAAUUGUUUUAUUACAUUGUGCAGUUAAGGGAAGAGUCUUCAUUAUGUAUGACUGACACCUUCCCCUUUGCACUAAUGUAUUGCUUGUGCUGGUUAUGUGACUGGAUGUGCAGUUUGCUCAAAGUUUAACCUCAAACUUAAUGAUACACUGUAAUGAAAAAUAGAUCAAGUGUAUGCUGUAGUUUAAAAUUUACAGAUCAACUUUAGCUACAAAAGAAACUAGAGCAUGUUGGUGGCAUGAUGCUUAUCAGUCCAGACCUAGACAUCAUCUAAUAUAAUAGUAAGUGGCUGUAUGCCAGGGUGUUGGAAGUUCUAUAGCUGUGUCCUUUUUUCUUCAAUUUAAGUAUCUUUAUGAAUACUUGCAUGGAUUUUUCAUCUCUAGUGUGUCAGCUGUACUUAACAAAAAGCAGAAGUUCUGUUGUGUAUAUAGCUCCUACUUAAAGUACUUAUUUUUAUAAUAUUUGCACAACAGCUUAGCUUUUACAACAGAAAGGGCUCUUUUGACUUGAUAAGAAAUCUAUUAAAUGAAGAUCAUAAAUGUGAGUGCGAUUCAGGUAACUAAUAUAAUUCAGCACUUUACUAUUGAUUAGUAGUAGAUUUUAUUAUGGCAUAUUAGCCCUGCAGAUGUCUUAAAGUGAAAUUCACUUCUCUUGGAUAGCAUACAGUUUACUUGCAAAUUUAGUGGUCUAGCAUAUUGGAUAUUUUUGACUUGAUGUUUCAUUUUGGCUGUGGGCAGUAAGUUCUUGCCCGUGAAAUUCUUGCUGCAGAAAUUUAACAAGUUGAUAUAAGCCUUUGUCAGUGAUAGAGGUAUUUAGAAGCCAAAUUAAUUAGAUAAAGGCCAAGUUGGUUUAGGAGGGUCUUUGUAAUAUCUUAUUUUUUAAGCUGAUGUUGGAACAUUUUUGUUGCUUGUUAAUUGAGUUGAGGAAGAAUGUGUCUUGGGAGCAUAUAAGAAUCGUUCUUCCUUGCUUUUGUGCUGUUUUGGUGUUCUUGUUAGUGUACAGCGUGGUGCCUACUAGCUUAGCCAUUCUUGGUAAAAAAUAUGGGGAUGUUUUUAAACAAAGCUAUGUUGAAAGCAGUGCUGUUUGUGUAUUACCAGUUUCAGACUGUAUUUUGAAGCAGCUUUCUCCUGUUUGUCUCAUGCUAUGUCUGCAUUGUAUGGAGUUAUUGAAAAUGAGGAAACCCUGUUAGUUUCUUUUGCAAAUACACAGGAGUAAAAUUCUUUUCAAUUGGCUGAACUUCUGUGAUUUGUAAUGAUUAAAACACAUGCCACCCAAGCUGUCAUUUGUGAGAACAUGUAGUUUGAUUUUUUGGGAAAAAAAAAAAGCGCCUUUUAAAAUGCUUUUCUACUACUCUGUACACACUGUGGUCACAGAGAAAGGGAUUUUGAGUUUUAUACUCUGUGACUCUGUACUGAUCUUAAGUGGUUUUUUGGUUUAAGUUUCUCUGUCUAUAAGUGUCAAAUAUCCCAACUAAAAUUAUUUGGACUUUAUUAUUCCAGAAAUAUAAUCUAAAAAUUGUUAAUUGUUAGCAAGUUAUUGAAUGGAAACCAUUCCCAAAAGCACAAGCAUAUCACUAUUAAGUGUAUGUAAAUCUAGUGAAAAUUCCUACAAGGCAGGCUUAUUCUGUUAGCUGCUCUGUAAAGACAAACCAGUUUAAUAGGACUUACUGGCUUAUUGUAUGUAGUUCUGUCUAAAUAUCUACCAAUGUGUGUCAGUCCUAAAGACUGUUGCCUCCACACCAAAUUUAGUUUUUCAUGGUGGUGAGGCUGCUUGCUGAACUCUUACCUUGGCAGAUACUUGCACUUGAAUGUCCAGGCAGAUGAGUUCAGUUUCCUUUUAGCCCUGUAUGUUUACAUUACUCUGUUCAAUUUUUCUUAAUUUUGAAACAAAUCGGUACAGAGCCCGUGCUGGUUAAGGUCUUGGGGCUUAGUUCAGGAUUUGCAAAUUGAGAGGGAGGGUUGGGACAGCAGGCUCUGUCUGAGAUGCACCUGCCACUAAGGCCAGUGCUAAUGGGUAGCAGCAGUUAUGCCCCCUCAGUCCCUGAUUCAAGCCAGUUUUUGGGGUUUUUUUAAUUCAGUAUAGAUACCAACUUUCUGAACCAGAAUUUUGAGGGUGUUUUUUGUAGUUAUUAUACUUACUCUUGUUGCUAUUCAGAGGUGAGAAUAUGUUUACUUUAGUGAAACAUUCAUGCCAAUGCUAAAUGCAGUGGUAUUGCUAGCCAGACUCAAACUAUGGUAAGGACAAGGAACUAAAGACCAUUCAGAACACAAAGAAUUGUUGUCUUUUUGUCCUAUUUUUAACUGAUUAAUUUCCUGUUCUUCUCUUUUCUUCCUAUUUGGGCUUUUUUCUGAUGAAAUAUACUGCCUCUGAGCUACUGACACAGAAAAACAUUGAGAAUAGUGCAAAAAAGAUUUUAUGACCUGCAAGGGUGCAACAGGGUUUAAAACCGAUUAAACAGUUUACAGAUAUGGCUCCUUAGAGACAAAACCACUGAUACCUCCUUGCUUGCUGAGGCCUCUGAAGUUGUAUUUUUGGAGGCAGGGGAUAAAUGCUUAAAGCAAUUUUUCUUCUAAUAAUCCUGUCUUUCAACUGAGCUACUUCAGCUAGGAAGACAUUCUCCUAAAAAAAUGAAAUGCUUUUCUUACCAAAUUCUAAAACUGUAUUCCUAUUUUUGUAUUGUUUAUGGUGGUAACAAGAUUCCAGCUGUCUGUGGUGUCUCUGUUCUGUUUGUUAAGUGCAGUGUAAAGACACUUUCUGACAUGCAAGGCAACAUUGUGGUUAGUUUUCCAUAUAUACUUUACAGCAGUCUCUGGAUAGGAAGUAAUUUUGUGUAUUUCCAAAAUCCCCAAAGAGGUCUCAUUUAACUACUAUUUUACAAGUGCUUAAAAUUAACUUCUUUCCAUUUUUACAAAACACUAUUUUGAAAAAUAAUAAGAUUGCUAUAGCAAAAUCCUUACAGGGGGAUUUAUAAAAAAAUAAAAAACCUUACGAGGAAAAAAUGUGCCUUUCCUCAGUUUUCGAUCAACUACAAGGUGACUGGUCUUGAAGUAGCUUGGAAAUACUGAGUACAAUGCUUGUUAAACUAUAAUGUUGAUAAAUGUGAAUAAAUAGACUGAAUGCUAAUUUCUAUCUUCUGUGAUUACAGUAAAGCCAGCUGGUAUUUAACGCUUCACAGUCGAUUUGGGGGAUACUGAUGGGAGACAAAACUAGACUGCUCAUACCUCUUGGCUUUGAGUAGAAAAGUAACUGUUGAGCCCUCAAUGAGGGCAGGAUGAGAAGCUGUUGUUGAUCUGGUUUGAACUAAUACUGUAUUUGCGUUCCCUUCUAUCACAAGUACUUCCUAUGCAGGGCUAGCUCUGUGUAUAGAGAUAUUGCAGUUUCUUUUUUACAUGAAAUUCAGAAGUAACAGCAAUGUAAAGAAGGAAUAACAGGACUAUUUAUCUGCUCUUACUUUCUUUAGGCUCCAAAUGCAGAUGACAUUAAAAAUAUGUUUUGGAGAACA